GGCGUCGCGUUAACAAUCGACGACUACCAGUGCGAGGGUUCGAAGCCUACACUCCAAACCAAGAGAAAAGAAAAAGCAGAAUAUUCGAAUUCGUAAACUCGGCGGCGAGGCAUGAAUAAUGCAGUGGAGGAGGAAGUGGAAGUCGAACCUCCACUCGCGGUCCUAUUGGCUCCAAAACGAGGGAAAACAACCAAGACCAAGCGAAAAUCCCAACCAGCAACAACAUCCAAUCAGCAGAACCCAGAGCCGGAGCCAGUUCGAAUCGAGCCGGAGUCUGUUCGGAUUGAGCCGGAGCCUGUUGGAGUUGAGCCGGAGGGAGUUCGAAUUGAGGCGGAGCCAGUUCGAAUUGGGGAAGAAGGCUCGAGGAAUGGGCCUAGGGUUAGCGUUUCGAUGUUCGACGACUCGGUGGAGAAUCACUUCAGAGUUAUGGACACCAUUGCCAAGCUCUGCGGCGAGGCGGAGGAGGAUCGCGGCGUCGAAGACGGCGACAUUCAACGCUUAUCGUCCUCAAUUACUUUUCUAAGGGAAUGGGCAGAUUUUAAGUAUGAACCUCGAGAUGUUCGAUUUGCUUGUGGAGUUGGAAGUCCUGAGGGGGAGGAUGUCGUCGGCGGUAUAAACUUGCGGCAAUUUUCUUCUGCAACAGUUCCUAAGAACGAGGCACUUUCUGGGGUCGCACAAUCUCCGGAGUUGAGCCAAGACUUUGUGAUGUAUGUUGGAGGGCCUGUUUGGGCGUUAGAUUGGUGUCCUAGAGUUCAUCAAAGUAGCGAUGGUCAUCCAAAAUGCGAGUUUAUUGCCGUAGCUGCUCAUCCUCCUGGAUCUUCUUAUCACAAAUUAGGCGAGCCACUGACUGGGAGAGGUGCCAUUCAGAUAUGGUGUCUUUUAAAUUCUGGUGUAAAUAAGGAAGACGAACAUUCAAUAGCAGAAAAGCAAAAGCAGGGCCGUAAGAACAGUGGAGCCAGACAAGAAAAUUCAACUGAACCAAAGAAGCCUUUAGGGAGGCCUAGAAAGAAGCCAAUAGAAGAAAAAUUAACUGAACCAAAGAGGCCUAGAGGAAGACCUAGAAAGAAGCCAAUUGAAGAAACUGCUGACAAAGAGGCCACAGAAGAAAAAUCAACUCGACCAAAGAGGCCUAGAGGAAGACCUAAAAAGUAUGCAGUAGAAGAUUAUGUUGACAACUUGGAUGAGAGCAAUGAUUAUGUUGAGGUUCUUGCCAUCGAAUAUCCAGAGGGAUCACUAGAGUUGCCUUCUACGGAUUGUGUUCCUGCAAAUACUCAUGUGCAUGUUGUACCAGAAGAUCAUGGUAAAAAACGAAAGAGUUACAAACAUGCAGCAUCUGCAUCUGAUCCAGCUUGCAAAUCACAUGUUCAGAGGAGAAAAUUGGAUAAUAUGGAAAGUGCAGGGAGUAGUAACAGUUAUGCAUGUCCACCGUUGUCAAAUCAAGAUGGGGAGAAAGGAUCAUUUGUUUCAGAUCAUCAUACACAGCAGAAUUAUGGACAGGAUCCUCAUAACAGUUAUACAUGUCCACCAUUGUUGAAUCAAGAUGGGGAGAAAGGACCACUUGUUGAUCAUCAUACACAUCAGAAUUCUGGACAGGAUCCUCUUAAUAGUUGUACAUCCCCACCGCUGUUGAAUCAAGAUGGGGAGAAGGGACCACCUGUUUCAGAUCAUCACACAGCGCAGAAUUCUGGACAUGAUCCUCAAACAAGCAAAAAUGUUCAAAAUAAUGGUUACUCUGAAACUGGCUUGACCAGGUGUUCAGUUCCGACAGAUGUAGCAUUGCCACGAAUUGUAUUAUGCCUGGCUCACCAUGGAAAGGUUGCCUGGGAUGUGAAAUGGCGUCCUCUUAAUGAACGUGAUUCCAAAAGCAAGCAUCGGAUGGGCUAUCUUGCUGUGCUGUCAGGAAAUGGGUCUCUGGAAGUGUGGGAUGUUCCUCUUCCUCAUGCAAUUGAAGUUAUUUAUUCUUCUUCAUGUGGUGAGGGCACUGAUCCUCGCUUUGUAAAAUUAGCACCAGUUUUCAGAUGUUCAAUGUUGAAGUGUGGUGGUGAAAAGAGCAUCCCUCUUACUGUGGAAUGGUCACCUUCACCACCUUAUGAUUACCUACUUGUUGGAUGCCAUGAUGGAACGGUUGCUUUAUGGAAGUUUUCAGCAAGUAAUGCAUCUCAAGCAGAUACAAGGCCUUUACUUUGCUUCAGUGCAGAUACAAAUCCAAUAAGGGCACUUGCUUGGGCCCCGGCUGAAAGCAAUUCAGAGGGUGCCCAUCUUAUAGCUACUGGUGGACAUGGAGGCCUAAAAUUUUGGGACCUGCGUGAUCCAUUCCGUCCAUUGUGGGACCUCGAUCAUUUACCAAGGUUCAUAUAUAGUCUGAAUUGGCUUCCAGAUCCAAGGUGUGUUCUUUUAUCCUUUGAUGAUGGAACAAUGAAAGCUAUCAGCUUGGUGAAGGCUGCAUCCGAUGACCCUGUAACAGGAAGGGUUGGAACAAAACAACCGGGCCUGCAUAAUCUCAGCUGUUUGCCUUUUGCUAUCUGGAGUGUUCAUGCCUCGCGAUUAACAGGUAUGGUUGCAUAUUGUGGUGCAGACGGAACUGUUCUUCGCUUCCAGCUUACAACUAAAUCUCUGGAGAAAGAUCCUCGACGAAACCGAGCCCCACAUUUUCUGUGUGUGUCAUUGACAAUGGAGGAAUCUACUGUAACCAUCAAUACUCCAGUAUCAAAUUCCCCUUUCCCUCUGAAGGUAGCUCGUAACAAUGCCGAGUCAAACAAAGUGAAAACUACUAAUGAUAAGAUGGCAAAAGAUAACACAUCUGAAGAUCAAAGUUUAGCUCUUUGUUACGGUGAUGAUCCAGGUAUUGAAUUGGAAGCUGGGGGAGAAGUGGCACCUCUCAAAAGCAAAAAAACACAGAAAUCCAAGUCCAGUAUGAAAAAACCAGAUGAUGACCGGGCAUUGGUAUGCAUAGAUGAAGAGCCGACUACUACGCAGGAAGAAGAAACUGGGGCGGCUUCUCUCAAAAGCAAAAAACCAAAGAAAUCAACAUCCAGUAAGAAAAAUGCGGAUGAUGACCAAGCAUUGGUAUGCAUGGAUGAAGAGCCGACUAAUCGAGAAGAAGAAACCGUGAAAGAGCCAGAAGUUUUUCCUGACAAAACAGUAGCAAUGCAUAGAGUGAGAUGGAACAUGAACAACGGUAGUGAGAGAUGGCUGUGUUAUGGAGGGGCAGCCGGAAUUAUUCGGUGUCAAGAGAUUGUUUUGUCCGACGUCGAUAGGGCGUGGGCAGCAAAGAGAUGAGAAGCCAUGUUUCUUGUAUGUAGUCUUGUCUGUAAAAUGGAAAAGAGAUAACGAAAUUAAUCUAUGAAUUUUUGAGUUAGUUAAUGCCAUUUCUUUGAAUGGUGCUUUUACCAUCGA